AUGAGCGAAAGAGGAAAGGCGCGGUUUUGCCGGGCGAGGAAACUUGAAAGGGCACAGCAGGAGAAAAAAGGCGCCAGCGCAAAAAGAAAGAAAAACGAAACAUGGGGGAGAGAGACUCGAACACGAGCAGAGGAAUGUCCUGACUCCUCACAAAAAUUAUUCGGUCCUCCGCGUCGCAAAGGAGGGCGGACCGGCCUUCUGAGUCACGGCAGAGCUGAGCGAGACCUUGGCUGUAAGGCAGACAGGAUCAGGUUAGACAUUAUGCCGAUUGCUCCGAGUAGCCAAUCAGGGGGUGAAAAUAAACGGCCAGAGAUAAAGUCCGUGCCCCACUUGGAUCAGCUUUCUGCUGCCUCUUUCCGGUAUGGCGCGGCAGCCGAGAGCUGGCUCAGGGUUAGUCAGCGUCGUGUCCAAUCAAAUGCUGAACGGGAGAAGGAACGAGAAACGAGACAGAAUGAGAGCCGGAGGAGUAUCGAUAGACCAUCGAUGAAGUCUGUGUAUUCGUACCUGAUAGCAAAAGCCGGUAGGACGCGUAGUCAAAGUGGGACAUCCAACUUGAUUGUCUCGACAAGCAGUGUCAGAACUCGAAGAAAUGGGUGCCAGGCAGCAUCUAACCGUGCCAAGUCAUGGCUUGUGGCCAUGAUGAAUGACAACAACUGGGACAGCUGGGCAAUCUGUGGAGGAGAAAAGUUUGAUCGGGAAGGAAGGAUGCCAUCUGGUAAGCACGAUAUUAUUCAGUGUGACACCGGUGACAAACCAUGA